AUGUACCCCUCUCCUGAGGUUGAACAACAUAGUGAGAAGAAUGAUGAUUCCUCCAGUUCUGAGAAGGAUAUGGCUGCUGAAGGUUUGUACUCCCUAGGGCAAACUGUGUCUGGUAAAGGAAAAUUUGUGGCAUCUAAAACUGCCAAUGCUUCCUAUUCUGAGAACCAUGAUGUUGCAAACGAUGUGAUUGACCUAGAGGAUGAGAGAAAAGGAAGAUCUAUAGCUGAACUGAUGUCAGCUAGAACAGCUAAGAAGGCUACUGGUGUUGGUCCUUCCAAAUAUUGGAGCAAUGUUGAAGUGAAGAAGAGGAAGGUUAGACAAGUUUCUAAGUCUGAAGAGGAUGUCGAGGAAAAUGUCCCUGACAUCUCUCCUGUGAAGAAGACCCCUAUGAAGAAGUCCCAUGUGAAAGUUGUUGCUGUGCAUUUGGAUAAUAUUGCUUUCCAUCAUGAGGAUGGAGCUGCCAAAUGGAAAUUUGUGAUUCAAAGAAGGGUGGAUGUGGAAAGGGAGUUAGGAAAAGAUGUUGUUGAAGUCAAGGAGGUCAUGGACCUGAUAAAGACUCUUGGGUUAAUGAAGACUGUGGCUGGGUUCUCUCAGUGCUAUGAGGGUUUAGUUAAGGAAUUCAUUGUCAACAUUCCUGAGGAUAUUGCUGAUAAGAACAACAAUGAAUUUUGCAAAGUGUUUGUGAGAGGUAAGUGUCUCACAUUCUCUCCCACUGUCAUUAACAAUUUUCUGGGAAGAAGAGUUGAGGGUGCAUGUGAAUUGGAAGCUACAGACAAUGAGGUCUAUAGAGAAAUUACAGCAAGGCAGGUGAAAGGGUGGCAUAUUAAAAAGCAUCUUCCUGCUGGGAAGUUGACUGUCAUGUAUGCAAUAUUGCAUAAAAUAUGA